AUUUAGGUCUUGGUGAUUCCUGGGGUAGUCGGAAUAUCUCUACCCUUGAUGCUAUGACUAGGGAAUUAGGAGCACAUCUUUUGCAGACCCUUGAUGGAUUUAUUUUCGUAGUAGCUCCCGAUGGGAAGAUCAUCUACAUCUCAGAGACUGCUUCGGUCCAUCUUGGUUUAUCGCAGGUUGAGCUAACGGGUAAUAGUAUUUAUGAAUAUAUCCAUCCUGCUGAUCAUGAUGAGAUGACUGCUUUACUCACUGCUCACCAACCAUACCAUACACAUCUACUUACAGAUUAUGAACUGGAACGUCAGUUUUUCUUGAGAAUGAAGUGCGUGCUGGCCAAGCGGAAUGCUGGAUUAACUUCGGGCGGUUACAAGGUGAUCCAUUGCCAUGGUUACUUGAAGAUCAAACAAUACACCAUGGACAUCGCCCCCUACGACGGAUGUUAUCAGAAUGUUGGUUUGGUUGCUAUCGGUCACUCGUUACCUCCUAGCUCACUCACCGAGGUUAAACUAUAUAACAACAUGUUCAUGUUCAGGGCCAGUCUUGAUAUGAAACUAAUCUUCCUUGAUGGCAAAGUGGCAGUUCUAACUGGGUAUGAACCACAGGACUUGAUUGAGAAGACGCUUUAUCACUUUGUACAUCCUAUGGAUAUCAUGCAUAUACGAUAUGCACAUCAUACAUUGUUAUUAAAAGGUCAAGCCACAACCCGGUACUACCGAUUUCUAUCGAAGCAAGGAGGAUGGGUUUGGAUGCAGAGUGCUGCUACUAUUGUCCACAACAGCCGAUCAUCUAGACCACACUGUAUCGUUAGUGUAAACACUGUACUAAGCAAAAUGGAAGAAAAGGAGCUUAUUCUUCAGUUUGAUCAACUCCAAGCCAAAACGGAGUCGAGUUUCUCCACUGUCGAGGAAAAGACGAGACCAAGUAAAAGCAAAAAGAAAAGCAAAUCAUCUAAAUACCAACCAUAUCAAGUGCAACCUCCUGCACAGACCUUGCUCUAUCAAGAUGCUAUGUCAGCAGCAGCUGCUGCAAGUGAAUACACUCAAGCAAGGACUUAUGGUCAAUAUGCAACGGCUUGUGAGGUUCCUGUACCUACGCCGCAAUUGACAGCAGCCUACCAGGAAGGAUUGGAUAGAUAUAAUGCCAUGUAUUCGGCAAGCUAUGCCGCAGGCUACCAACAUAACGUGUACGCUGAUGGAACAUACGGUGCGUACGGAAAUUCGUUCGCGUACCCGACCGCCGAGGCAUACGCGCAUUGCGUGAACGAUAGAUUCUCGUCAUACCGCGGACAUUAUGGGGAUGACCGGUAUUACGGAUCGACAGACGCGGCGAGAAGUUAUUUCACGUGGACCGCCGCGCAUGGCUACGGGACAGACGCAUCGUCUUACGCGGAUACGCGCAAGAGUUCGCAUUCUUAUUCAGCGACGGAUAACGUGAGAAGUGCUCCAAGUACAUCCACAUGUUGCAAUGAUACCAGCGAUGUCCGACAUUUAGAAACACUUUCUCAAUCCUGCACCUCAAUGACGUCACCGAAUAAUGGCGUUUCCACCGAACAAUCUCACACUGUAACGUCACCAGCGCAAACGGGUAGCCCUUCAGGCGUUACGACCGUUUCUCCGAGGGCAUAUAGUCAUGACAAAUCGCGACAAAGAAGGGAAAGUGAUACAGUCAGCAAUAGCAGCAGGAAGUUUGAGAGUCUGGUACACGCAACAGAAAGACUUGUCAAGGAAGAACGUCAUAAACUGAACAACAGCAGGUUGAAUGGUGUAAAUACAUCUCAAAAUGACGUAACGAACACCCAUCAUAUGGGCCAAUCAGAAACAAGAAGAAAUUCUUCAGAGAACUCAUCGAUAAGAAAGAAUUCCUCCGGUGCAACCGAUAAUCGCGAUUCAAGAGACCUUCAUGAUAUUUCGUAUUCAACGCGCACGUCGGACCUCAACCGUCACACAUCUACCUACGAUAGCGCAAGAAGUACCAGUCCAAGUCGUAGGACAUCAUCCCUCCGUAAUGGACACACUUCACCCCCGUCCAUAAAUGGUACCUCCCGUCUCACUGACUAUUAUUCAGCCAAUAAGGACUCGUCGAUGUGCUAUUCAGGGAACACGGCUCUAGCGCGGACGUCGGCUUACGCCGCUUAUGGGACGUCGGAGGCGGCAAUAGCGGACCAAUGUCGUGAUCCCAAAGAAUACCCUUACUUUCAUAACUCUACCACGAUGUGUGAUAGAACAGGUUUAGGAUGGUAUGCAAAUGGCGCUCAUCUAAAAGAUCUCCACAAUGCAUAUGCUUACUGAGAGAGAGAAAACUCCUGAACUCAGAUAAAAGAUAAACAUUUAUCCUAAAUAUUGGGCAUUCAAUAUGAUUUUUAUGUUCUUACUCUUGUUAAGUGUUAACUGAGUAAAUGAGAUGCGAUUCGCUUUUUAGAUGUAUCUGUAUUUUCAUUUUUUAAAGGUUUAGUCAAUAUUGCAAACAGCAAUUAAUCACGUUACUAAUGUAAUGAAAGCCUCCACUUAUUCAAAUUGGUCGAAUAGACCACUCACAUUGCCAGGGGUGGCGCCGGGAGGCAAAACGACAUGAAGAUGAUGAUAUCAUUUUUUUUUUCAUUGAAUAAUUCAUAUUAAAAGAAAUACACGGCCCAUACCUCUCUUCUAAAAUAUUUUUCUUUAUCAUGUUUUUAACCCUUUCUUCACAUUUUCUCUUGUCCUCCUUUUUAUGUUUCUCUUCUUGAUAAUCUUAAGAGGGCAGUCGCCCCUGCCCCCCCCCCAUCCGCAGCGUCACCCUUGCUCAAAAUCAUCAACAUUUAAUCUUUAAUGUGAUAUGACAAGACAGAAACCAUAAUUAACAUUUUCAGGUUAGCACUUGGAGAAUGGGGCAAAGAUUGGAACAAAUAUUAAAUCCUUUUAUAAAACAAAUAAUUUCCCGAAAUGACGAUAAUGUUUACGAUCGGAAAGCAAAAUACCACUUGGUGAUAACUCGUUAGAAAGAAACAUUUAACGGUUAAUCGUACCAGGUUAAUGAUACAGUCAUACUACCGCCGGACCGACUUCAUACCGGUCACAGCCGGUUCUGUUAGUGUAACUGUAUAGAAUAAGCUCGAGAUCGUUUCAAGGGAUGAAGUCGAGGCCGGCAUCAAGAUCACGGCCGUACGCAGAAGGGGGCAGUUGCCCCUCCCAAAUUUUUUUUUGAAAGCUUAGAUUUUUUACUAAAAAUUUUCACAAAAUUUACAAAAAGGAUGAAUGAAAUCCUUCAUUUUACUUUACAAAAUGUAAAAAAAACGUCACCAACAACAAGCUCGGUUGCUUCACUCCCUUGCUUUCGAGGUUUAUGUGUCCUGCCCCUCGCAGCAAAAAAUCUGAGUACGGCCAUGAUUGAAAUCACCUUUUGCUGGACUUGGUCUUGGGCCGAGUCACAUGUACAAAGUCUAUGGGAAAAGUUUUUUCUCCAGUAGCCUCGUCACUCGGUAGUACCAGCCACGACUACAUCCCUCAUCAUUUCAUUUUCAAAUAUCAAGCUAAAAAAAAAAAACAAUUGUAAUUUUACGUUCUCUGUUUCGCCAUGGAUAUUAUCUAUUCAUGCUAUUUGGAAAUUAAAUUGAAAAGAAACGUCUAUACGAGGAUUACUGAUAUUUCUGUGACAUAACAAUGCAUUUGUGAAAAUGACGUUAACAUGGUUUGAGAAUCAAUUUAUUACAUUUCCUUUGGUAUUCAGCAGUAAAGUGUCGUUGGGUGGUAAAAUUUAGGUUAAACAUAAUUCCUAUAAAAAAAUGAAUGAGCCCUUAUUUAUCGUGACGAGGUUUAUAUAAACUUAUGAUUGACGUUACAACUUUUUAAUGAUGGACAAUGAAUACAAAGAGUAAACUGUCGGACUGUAGAUUUAAAAUAAAAAGUAAUUGUAAGAUUAAUUCAUUAAUAAUAAAAAAUUAUCGUAUAAAUUAAAUAAGAAAAAAAUUAGAAAACAUUCAUAUCCGAACUGAAAUAAUUGUAUUUGUGUUUUGUAAGACUGUAUUGCGAAUUUUCACUUUUCAGUCAAUUUGUGCAUAGCUCUCUUUUUUAAUGUUGAUAUUUUUAGGCGGAAAACAGUUGCAAUCGUAUGUACAGUUUUAAACUUGUAGAUGUAUGUUAGAAAAAAAGCAAGUAUAUUUUGAGAAAUUACUUGUUUAAUAUUUAAAUUAAUUAUUGCAUGGAAUUAAUAAUUAUGUAUUCAAAAUGUAGCAUAAAAUACAUUAAAUUUUAUAAUUCAUGGAUGGAAUUGAGCGACAUCGGUGCUUUUUUUACACGGACAAUGUAAAGGUAACUUAUUCAUUUUACAAAUCCAAAAUUCUUUAUGCAUGUGGUCAAUCUUUUGUUAAUAAUCUGUCAACAUCUGUGACAGUCCCAAACAUCUAUGUUAAUUGUAGAAUAACUGAUCAUUCCCCCACCUCCCCCUCCCCCUCUCUCUCUCAUUUUCUUUUGUAACAAGACAAGAAGUUAAUUCUAAUGCUUUGGCGUGUUAGAUGGUACUUUGAUUCUGGUUAAAUCAUUAAUAAGUAUUCAUCAAUUUUACUAUCAGUCGUAUUAUAGUCAAUAUCACAAUACCAUUAUAACAAUUAAUUUCAUAAUAAAUACGAAAUACUUGGAUUUCAACAUUUGAUUAAUAGUAAAGACUGGGCAACAAUAAUAAUAAUAUGUACAUGUAUAAACACACACACAUAUAUGAAUCAUCCGAUAUUUUGACUCCGAACAAUCACACCAUCGAAUACGACUAAAAAAAACGAUAAUCCAUUCGAAAUAAACGUUAAUAUUAUUUGGUCGGCCUCUCAAUAUACAUGUUGGGCAAAUUUGGGAAUGGUAAAGAGUAUCCCGAUAUAAACAUUUAAUGCGUUGCAAUAAUGCACUUGUCUUUUUAUAAUCAAAAUACUAUUAAUUAUAUGGUAAAGUUGAAAUUUUACAAGAUUUAAUAUGAUUAUAUACCCUCUGCCACCCUUCUAAUUAAUAACUGAGACUCCUUCCAUACUCCAAAUCUAAAGGUCCUUGUACCAUCCCCCUUAUCCCACUGCACUCUGAUCCAUUUCCAAUUACUCUUCAUUUAUUCUCUCAACCUCCUUUUCUUCACCCCUCCCCAUCUCUCUUCCCCCCCCUCCCCCCCCCCUCUCUCUUAUUAUCUGAACUCAUGUCAAGUUAAGGUAUUCAUGUUUGCUAAUCAUAUUUUUUUCUUGACAUAAAUCCAAUUGACUUGUAUGUUCAAAGGUUUGAAACGACGUUCUAAGAUUUAUUAUUAGAAUACCUCAGUGAUAUUAACUUUGAUGGUGAAAUAAUCGAACCAUUGUAACAUACUAACGUGCCAUAAUUUUGUUUCUUAAAAUCGAUUAAAUAAAAAAAGGAAUGACUGUGACGAAAAGGACUGUAUUUCAGUGCGAUUUAUUUCUUACAAGAAUUUUGACUGGACUUGCCAUCCCAUUAUGAUAGAAUUAAAGCGGGUGUGAUGAUUGUUUGUGAAUAGGAAUGUAUCACUAUUUUCUUCUUUCGACAGACUCUGGAAAUAUUUCAUGCCAGUUUGUGACAAAUGGAAUUGUAUUGUUGUUCAGACAUUGGUUAUUAAAGUUUUAAUCACCUGA